AUGGCUGUAAUCUCUGCACUUCCCGGCGGCUCUAACGGCGGCGAUGAUCCAAACAAGAAUCCUCAAGAAGUAGAAGAGAUUCAAGACAAAGAGAAUCAAAACGAGAAUCUUCAAGAAGUAGUAGAAGAGAAUCUUCCUCCUCCGGUUCCUCGAGUACAACUUCCUGGAGAUAUCAUGGAGAUCAUCAUCGCACGUGUGCCGAGAUGUUAUCAGCCGAACCUAUCUCUCGUCUGCAAAGCCUUUCUUCAACUAAUCACUUCGCCGCAGCACUUCUCAACGCGCUUGCUCUACGGCGUCACCGAACCGGUUCUUUAUGCCUUGAUCGGAGAACCAUUUAAUAUUACUCCCCUAAGCUUGUUCAUUCUCUAUCGUAGCAACCGCCCUUUACGGUUCAGCAGAGUCCCUACACCUCGUCCCAUGUAUCGUGGAUGUUCUGCCGUCACAAUCGGACACAAGAUUUACCUUAUUGGUGGUUUCGUCGGCCUUUAUGAACCCCAAAGGACUGCGGUUGUCAUCGAUUGUAGAUUCCAUACGUUUGAGAAUCUCCCAAAUAUGGAAAGGGCUCGUUGCUAUGCAGCCGCUGGAGUGGUCGACGGGAAGAUUUAUGUAAUCGGUGGUCGCCUGAAACGAGAUGAUGAUUGGGUCGAAGUGUACGAUGUAGAGCGUCGGGUUUGGGAAACUGUGCCUAGUCAAUCCCCUGACGAGGCUACUCUUGAUGGAACGUUUGGUAUAUCUGUGGUGAUGCAGGGGAGAAUCUUGUUUCGGAAUCUUGAUUGUUGUUUGGCUUACGAUCCAAGACAAGGUUUAUGGCAGUCAUGGGGACAUGAAAGUCAACUGAUGAGAUUUUGGAACUCCACGUCUUGUGUGGUUGGAGAUUUGUUGUAUACCGUUGAUCGUACGUUUUCUUUUGAGAAUCCAGUAAUGGUAUAUUAUCCGAAUGACUUGGUUUGGAGACCUCUGAUGGGUGUAUCCGCUUAUGAGUUGCGUAUGCUCAAUUAUGAAUGGUCUAAGAUGGCCAAUUUUGGUGGCAAGUUGGUGAUUUUGGGCCGCUAUUAUGUGCGCCCACGUGAUAUUUGCUGUGUAGUGAUAGCGUUGGAAACUCGUCAAGGAGGUCAGAUUCAGGGGAAGGUGGAAUCAGUCUCGCAUGUGUAUAGAGACAUGAGGAAUAGCCCCUCUAUUCAUCUUUGUCAAACUGUUACGGUUUGA